GUGAAGGGAACAGUGAGACAGAGCAUGCGCCGUGACGAGUGACGUUUCGAAUUCAGAUUGAACCGGGAAAGUAACGUCUGAGAAUGAGUGAGCUGGAGGAUAUCAGCCACCACAUCCAUGGCAGGAUAACAUCAUUACAACGCAUGUUGGAUCUCUCAGUUGUUGAAUUGCCUCAAAAUAAGAUUAAGAAAUUGGGACAAGAACUCUUUGCACUGGAGAGGCUAUUGGAGGAGUUUGAAAAAUGUGUUGGCCAACAGAGGGAGCAACUAAAACAUCUGAAGGAACUCGAGGAGUUAUUCCAGAAGAAUGUGGAGGAUGUCCAUCACAUGAAGGACAACAUACCUGUGCACAUGCCUAGGAAGAAAGUCCCAGUAAAUGGAAAUGAAACUGUAAUGAACAAGAAUGAAGCAGCAGAUGUUCAACUUGCCCAGCCAGAAAAUGUCAAAAAGACCAACAAGAGCUGCAUCAGAGAGAUGGAGUCCAUCACUUUGCCAGAAUUUGAGAACAUCCCUCAGUACAUGAAAGGACGUGUAUCAUAUGAUCAACUUAAUGCUGCUGUACAGAGCAUUAACGCGGCAGUAACAGCCAAGUACAAGAUCCUCCAUCAGUCAGUGAAAACUCAGAACAAUCAUGCACGCAAGCUGCACCAGCGCUUUAAGGACCAGGAGACGAAAGAUACAAAAGGUCAGUAUUUUGUGGUGGAGGAUGACAUUCGGGAAUUUACUCAGAUGAAGGUGGACAAACGAUUUCAGGGGAUUUUGAACAUGCUUCGACACUGCCAGCGCCUGCGGGAGCUACGAGGAGGAGGCGUCACCCGCUAUAUACUGUUAUGAAUGAACAAGACUCAGUCAGACAUAUUAUGCUUGCACAGAGCCUAAUGCCUCUGUGAGUCCAUUAAAACUAUAACCUAUAACCUAAUGUAACUGAUUUAUUGAGGGAUAUUCUUUCAUUUCCCCCAUGCAUGUGCACAUUUGCACAUAUACUGGCAACUGUAAACAUUUCUGUAUGUAUGUAUGUAUUUUGUGGUGUAAAUAAUUAUAAUUAGGUUGAUUGUUUGGUUAAAGUGAUAAACAAAAAUUCAGCAUUUUUAAUCCAAACAAAAUAAAAUAAGUACAAAAAAUAAAUGAUAAAUACCUUGGGGAACAUUUUCAUGGUUGUUGAGUUUUUACCACAAGGUCAGAAUUUCUGAUGACUAACAAGUCAUUUAAGGUCAUGAAGUUCUGAGUGUUUUAUAAGUACUAAGGUGCCCAAACUUUUUUCCAUACCAUAAUUACAUUUUUUUCUUCAAUUUUUUAAGUUAAUGAAAUAAAAAGAAACAGUGCAUUAACAUUUGAA